CAGAAGGGAUUUUCUCGCUGCUAAAGUGAAACUCGUAAAGAAGCCGAAGCCCUCACGCCCGGUUGCUGUUCUGGAAAAGUACAGAAAAACUCUGACAUCCGGUCGUCCUGCUCCUUCCUUUGUUGGUUGAAUGUUCAAUCUGAUCUCGUUGUGACUCUUGGUGCUGUAGAAAUGGUUGCACCUUUGGUGGCUGGCCUUGCUGUUGCUGCUGCUGCUUAUGCUGGUCGAUAUGGUAUUCAGGCAUGGCAAGCCUUCAAAGCCAGGCCUCCAACAGUUAGGAUGCGUAAAUUUUAUGAUGGAGGUUUUCAGCCAAAAAUGACGAGGAGGGAAGCUGCUCUAAUUUUGGGAGUGAGGGAGAGCACUUCUUUAGACAAAGUAAAGGAAGCACAUAGGAGGGUCAUGGUUGCAAACCAUCCAGAUGCAGGUGGUAGUCAUUAUCUUGCUUCUAAAAUUAAUGAAGCAAAAGAUUUGAUGCUUGGGAAGGCCAAAAGCAGUAGUUCUCCCUUUUAAGCAGUGAGGAACAGCCAAAACCCGACGACACCAUCUGUAAACUGUUCUAGUUACGUGCAUUUUAGCCAAAAUAUUGCUUUGAUGAAAGAUUUAAGAAGGGUUAGUGACUUAAACAGUGAGAGAUAUGGUACAUUAUUUGAGGUCAAAUUGUUAUUGUUGAUGAGUGAUGUCUUCAAAUAUGAGGAAGUUUACUUCUUUUUAACUCAAUGUUGGGCAUUUAGUAUCUCAGAGAAUUGUUGUCCUCUAAUCUUUAGUUCAAGAGAUUCUCCUUGUUCUCUA